AUGAAUUUCAAUCCGAAUUUUGAAGAAAUAGGAAAUGCUUUUAUCCAGCACUAUUACUCAAAGUUCGACGUCACAGAUCCAUCAACACGAAGUGCCGGUUUAAGUGAUCUCUACGAUCCUCUUAAUUCUUAUAUGACGUUCGAGGGUGUGCAAGUGAAGGGGCGAGAUUUAAUUUUACAAAAGUUUGCUGCUUUGCCAUUUAGGAUGAUUCAAAGAGCUAUUACAAAAACUGAUUGUCAGCCGUUACCGGACGGGUCUAUAUUGGUUGCAAUUAUUGGGCAACUUAAGACUGAUGAUGAUCCGAUCCAAUCUUUUAAUCAUUUUUUCGUGCUUCGCCCAGCAGCUGGUUCGUUUUUUAUUUCAAAUGAAAUUUUUCGCUUAGUGUUACAUGAUCAUUGA